AUGUCUUCAUCUCGAGAUCGCGUCGAGGACACAUAUGAGCUGCAGAAUGACCAGAGGUUGGACGAGUUGCACUCAAAGCUUCGGACACUACGCGGCGUCACCACCGACAUCUACGACGAUGUUGAGCGGCAAAACACGGCGCUGGAUACUGCGGUGAGUGCCCAGCCAGCCCGCGACGCUUUCUCGUCAUUCGGAACGUCUCUUGCACAAUCAUCACGACGAGCCAGUCAAGCAUUUGGAUUAGGGCCUGGGGGCGUCAAGCAGUGGCGAACAAUCGGCUACUGUGCGGCUGCCUUGGUCGGACUAUGGAUCCUGUGGAAGAUAUUGUUCUGGUUCUCGCCCUCAACAUCCUCAUGA